AAAAUGUCCUCCAAAUCAGAGUCUAUAAAGGUGGUGGUUCGUUGUCGUCCAAUGAAUGAGAAAGAAAGGGCAGCCAAUUUUGACAGUGUGGUCACAGUUGAUGUGAAAACAAGACAAAUAGCUGUCAAGAAUCCGAGAGAUUCUAUGGCCAGUAAAUCCUCAAAAGUGUUUACUUUUGAUUCAGUCUAUGACUGUAAGUCCAAGCAAAAAGAUCUAUACGAUGAAACCUUUCGGCCGCUUGUGGAUUCAGUUCUGCAAGGAUUUAACGGAACCAUUUUUGCAUAUGGACAAACUGGCACAGGGAAAACAUUCACCAUGGAGGGUAUAAGAAACGAUCCGGAAAAGAGAGGCGUUAUCCCCAACUCUUUUGUCCACAUCUUCACUCACAUUUCAAGAUCUCAGAAUCAGCAGUACUUGGUGAGAGCAUCAUAUUUGGAGAUUUAUCAAGAAGAGAUCCGAGAUUUGCUCUCCAAGGACCAAACACGACAUCUUGAGCUAAGAGAGAGGCCGGAUACUGGUGUUUAUGUGAAAAACCUGUCAUCGUUUGUCACUAGGAGUAGAGAGGAAAUUGAAAAUGUCAUGAAUGUGGGCAAUCAGAACCGUUCAGUGGGCUCUACCAACAUGAAUGAACACAGCUCUCGCUCUCACGCCAUCUUUGUAAUCACUGUAGAAUGCAGUGAAUUGGGGGUGGAUGGAGAAAACCAUAUACGAGUUGGAAAACUCAAUCUGGUGGAUCUAGCUGGCAGUGAAAGGCAGACCAAGACGGGGGCGCAGGGGGAGAGACUGAAAGAAGCGACGAAAAUCAACCUUUCACUUUCUGCUUUAGGAAACGUUAUAUCAGCUCUAGUGGAUGGCAAGAGCAGCUAUAUCCCUUAUAGAGAUUCAAAACUGACCCGCCUUUUGCAGGACUCUCUAGGGGGCAACGCCCGCACAGUCAUGGUCGCCAAUAUUGGCCCAGCCUCUUACAAUGUGGAAGAGACUUUAACAACACUGCACUAUUCAAACAGAGCCAAAAAUAUUAAGAAUACACCAUCCAUCAACGAGGACCCCAAGGACGCCCAGCUGAGGAAAUUUCAAGAGGAGAUUGCUCGACUGAAGGCCCAACUAGAGAAGCGAACAGGAAAGAAAAAUAAGAGGAGGUUAAAGAGGCGAGCUGAUGAUAGUAGUAAUGGCAAUGACCAGGAAGAGGAUAGUGUGGAGGAGGAUGAGGGUGUCAAAGAGGAUUAUUGGAGGGAGCAGCAGGAGAUCCUGGAGCGAGAGAAGAAAGCUAUCAUGGAGGAUCGCAGUCUGGUUGCUGAGGAGAAAGUUCAACUCCUAAAAGAGACAGAGAAAAAAAUGGCAGACCUGAAAAGGGAGCAGAAGGAAGGAGAGCUAUUGGCAAUCAAAAUUAAGGCAAUGGAGAGUAAACUCUUAGUUGGGGGCAAGAACAUUGUGGAUCAUACAAAUGAGCAACAAAGAAUGUUGGCGCUUAAAAGAAAAGAGAUUGCUGAACAGAAAUGGAGAGAGCGCGAGAUGCGGCAACAGAUGGUGUCUCGGGAUGAGGAGAAUCUGGAGCUAAAAGAGACCUACAGUUCUUUGCAGCAGGAAGUUGACAGUAAAACCAAAAAAAUGACAAAGUUGCUUGGCAAACUGGAGGCUCUGAAGGCAGAAAUUCAUGACAUCCAGGAGGCACAUAUUACUACACGCCAGCAACUAGAGCAAACGCAGAACGAACUCACCAGGGACCUUAAACUUAAGUCUCAGAUGAUUGAAAAUUUUAUCCCUUUGGAAGACAAGAACAAAGUAGUCUCCAGAGCUUAUUUUGAUGAAAAGGAUGAAGACUGGAAGUUGAGGCCCAUCACAUGCAUGCAGCAUAAUCCCCGGAUGAUGAGCAGGCCUCAGUCUGCAAUCGGAUUCAGAAGACCUCUCAGUCACCGCGCUCGAAUGGCCAUGAUGAUCAGCCUUGACAUGAGAUACAAAGCUGAAAACAUCUUGUUGCUUGACAUGGAUCUCCCUUCUCGGACUACCAAAAAUUAUCAGCAGCCAGUAAUCUCCCCAAAAGUGGUGGCAGCCUUGAAGGAUGCCCUUAGGGAUGAGGAUGACCUUGAGAUAGAUGCAUCAGGGUUUGACAAUAACCUUUCACCUCUCACCGGUACAAGUGGAAGUAGCAAGAAAUCCAAGUCUCAUCGAUUGAGAACAAGCAAGCAGUCGAACAGUCACACUGCUUCAUGCAGCCCUCAAAAUCUUACAUCGCCAAUUUACCCACAAUCCCGUGGGCUGGUGCCUAAGUGA